AUGGCUGACUCGACCGCACCCGCGCCUCCGACCGACGGGGUUGCCAACCUCCACCUGGACGAAGUCACCGGCGAGCGUGUGUCCAAGACGGAACUGAAGAAGCGCCAGAAGCAGCGGCAGAAGGAGGCCGAGAAGGCGGCCAAGGCUGCUGCUGCUCCGGCCAAGGCCUCAAGCAAGCCGAAGGGUGCCUCGGGCGAGGAGGAGAAAGACCUGAACCCAAAUCAGUACUACGAGAUCCGGAGUCGGCACAUCAACGAGCUGCUCAAGAACCCGGAGACCAACCCGUACCCGCACAAGUUCCACGUCACAUACGACGAUACCAAGUUCUUUGAGGAAUUCGGCCACCUCAAGUCAGGCGAGACGGACGAGAGCAAGGAGCUCCGGUUCGCAGGCCGCAUCUACAACAAGCGCGCAAGCGGCUCGAAGCUGAUUUUCUACGACAUCCGCACCUCCGCCACCACGGUCAGCAUCGGCACGCAGCUGCAGGUCGUGUGCCAGGCGCAGCUGGUCAAGGAAGGCGGCACGCCCUUCGAGAAGCAGCACGAGCACAUCCGCCGCGGCGAUGUCAUCGGCAUUGUCGGCUAUGCCGGCCGCACCAACCCCAAGAACAGGCUGGCUGAGGGCAAGGAGGGUGAGCUGUCGGUCUUUGCGACCGAGAUCGUGCUGCUCAGCCCGUGCUUGCACAUGCUGCCUAGCGUGCGCUUCCCGUUUGCGGACCCCGAGCAGAGGGCGCGCAUGAGGCAUCUUGAUAUGCUGUGGAACGACCGGACUCGCCAGGUACUUUGGCAGCGCAGCCGGAUGGUUCGCUUCAUCCGUGACUUCUUCCACGAGCACCAGUUUAUUGAGGUCGAGACUCCAAUGAUGCAUGCCAUUGCCGGCGGCGCCACUGCUCUUCCGUUUAUCACCCACCACAACGACUUGGAUAUCGACAUGUACAUGAGAGUCGCGCCCGAGCUGUUCCUCAAGAAGAUGAUUGUGGGCCAGUUCGGCAAGGUGUUUGAGAUCGGCAAGAAUUUCCGCAACGAGGGCGUCGACCUCACACACAACCCCGAGUUCACGUCUUGCGAGUUCUACUGGGCGUAUGCCGAUAUGUAUGACCUCAUGGACAUAACUGAGAAGCUGGUAUCGUCGCUUGUCAAAGAGCUCACCGGCUCUUACAAGACGACCUUCACCACGCAGCACGGUGAGACGUACGAAGUGAACUGGGAGGCGCCGUGGCGCAGGGUUGAGAUGAUCCCUGCGCUCGAGGAGGCGACGGGCGAGAAGUUCCCUCCUUCGGAGGAACUCCACACGGAAGAGACCAACAAGUUUCUGCAGAAAGUCUGCAAGAAGAUGGGCGUCGAGUGCCCGCCGCCGCUCACGAACUCCCGCAUGAUCGACAAGCUCACCGGUGAAUUCAUCGAGAGCACUUGCGUCAACCCAACCUUCAUCCUUGAGCACCCGCAGGUGAUGAGUCCCCUGGCCAAGUAUCACCGGUCCAAGAAGGGUCUCUGCGAGAGAUUUGAGGCGUUUGUCUGUAAGAAGGAGAUUGCGAACGCGUACACCGAGUUAAACAACCCCUUCGAUCAGAGACUCCGCUUCGAGGAGCAGGCCCGGCAGAAGGCCCAGGGCGAUGACGAGGCGCAAAUUGUGGACGAGAGCUUCCUGAAUGCGCUUGAGUUUGGCCUGCCGCCAACGGGUGGAUGGGGCCUCGGAAUCGACCGUCUUGCGAUGUUCAUCACGAACAACUACGCGAUCCGAGAAGUCUUGGCCUUCCCGUUCUUGCGUGAGGAGAAGCAGGGACCCAAGGAGCCGUUUGCGGCUGAGCUGGUUGACGUACAGCCCCUUCCCGAGGAGGGCAUUCCGCACAAAUAG